AGGAGGGUAGCCCAGCACCUGGGAAGGGAUUUUGGCAUUGCGUCAGCCGACUGGUCUCCAAUCCAAGCUCACCCAAGCGAAUCGCAUACGAGAUGCUGGGGCUGUUGCUCAUCAUGUACGACCUCAUUUGGCUUCCAAUGCAAGUCUUCGAACCCGCGGAGGGCAGUUUUUUCUUCGUGGUGGGGCUGGUCUCGUCGCUGUACUGGACCUUUGACAUGCCCACCUCGUUCCUGGUAGGCUAUGCCGUGCAGGAUAAAGGAAUCAUCGAGAUGCGCUUGCGAAAGAUCGCGUGGAACUACAUCCGCAGCUGGUUUAUUUUGGACAUCACCAUUGUGACCAUAGAUUGGACGCUGAAUAUCCUGGAGUGGACGCAAGGCUCGGUGGGCGCCACCGAGGGCAUCAGCUUCUUCCGCAUCGGCAAAGCGGUGCGCUUCCUGCGGCUGCUCCGGCUGCUGCGGCUGCUGAAAGCUCAUGGACGCUUCAACGAACUUCUGGAGCACGUCCAGUCAGAGUUUUCGGUGAUUGUCAUUGGAAUUUUGAAGCUGAUAGCCUUUAUUUUAUUGCUCAACCACCUGGUGGCGUGUGUCUGGUUCUGGAUUGGGACAUGGGGCAACUCGGAGAAUAUGAACACCUGGUUGGGAUCUUCCGGAAACGACAUCCUGACGGCCAACCUGGCGUAUCAGUAUUUUACUUCGCUGCACUGGUCCCUGACCCAGUUCACACCUGCCUCCAUGGAGGUCACACCGAAGAAUGAGAUCGAACGGCUCUUCAACGUGGUGGUAAUCAUGUCGGCCAUGGUGAUCUUCUCUACCUUCAUCUCAGCCAUCACCAAUGCCAUGAAUCAGCUACGAAACCUCAACAGUGAGCGGAAUGAGCAAGCCUCCCUGCUCCGCCGGUAUAUGCAGCAAAACAAUGUCUCAGCGCCUCUGAAGGCGCGAGUGCUGCAAAGUAUCAAGGCCUUGAGUCAGAACCGCUCGCGCGUGCACGAGUCCGACGUGGUCGCCUUGCGUUUGCUACCUCUCAGUCUACGACACGACCUGAGCCAGGAAGUCUAUGCCCCGCAUGUCGGUGUGCAUCCCUUCUUCUAUGUGUGCAACGCCUGUUUCUCCAUGCAGUCGCGGAAGAUUUUUUCCACCUGCUUGGCUGAGAAGAGUUUGAGCACUUCACAGGAGUUGAUCACCAGCGGCGAGAAUGCCACGCACAUGUACUUCGUGAUCGGAGGCACUCUAGACUACUUGGCAGAUGACCGUGGUGAGAACGAACCGGCGAUCGCUCUGGACACCGGCGCCUGGCUCUGUGAAGCGGCGCUGUGGGUGCGCUGGCAGCACAAUGGCACGGCGAACACCACAGCGCAGGGCUGCGAACUCAUCAGUGUGGAUGCAGGUGGCUUGCAAAACAUUCUGAAGGACGAGAAACCAGUUCGACAGUAUGCGAACAUGUUCUGGAAACACUUUUCGGAUAAUCCAGAGGAUUUGUCGGACGUUUGGUGCGAAGAGGAAGUUCUCUUUGAUUGGGCCACACGCGCCAUGGGUCAGGCAGAGACCUACUAUGGAGAUGUGAUUCCAGCAGAGCCUGCGACCACGUCGAACAGUAAGUUCUCGCAAUUCUUGCAAUCACAACGCCGUGCCAGUAGCGGCUUCGUGGGCCGACGCUUCUCGGACGACAGCCUGGGUGGAUUGAUGCCCUCAGAGUUCCCAGCCAUCUUGGUGGGCGCGGCUGCCCCCGGGCCGGAGGCUGGACGAUUGGCUUCGCAACAGGAAGAGUCCGAUAGCAGUAGCAGCAGUGGCCUUUCUGACAGCGAUGAGUGAAAGUUUCCGGCCGUGGGCGAGGUCAUGGCAGCACACUGAGAUGUAUCUCCAAGAUGAGAUGUGUGUAGCGCUCUGCCCGUUUUACGCCCUUCCCCUGCCGUGUUGUUUGGUGUUUCUG